UAGGAGGACAGAGAAUCAGAGAAGCGGAGAAGAGGAAGAAGAGUGAGAAAGAGAAGGAGAGAAUGUCUGCUGAGAGGGUGGCUCUUCCUUGUUCACAAACCGGCCCUCAUUGAGACAUCAUGGGCUGUAUCGGCUCCCGGACCAUCACGGCGGAUGCAGUUCCCGUUCGAAAAGAUGGGGAGCAGCAUGGACGUGCUGAGUUUUCCUGGGAAGGAAUCAAUCUGUCCAUGGAGGACACCACCUCCAUCUUGCCAGGUCUGAAGCGGAACUCCAACGCCUAUGGGAUUGGAGCUCUGGCUAAGUCCUCUCUGACAGGUGUGUCAGGGGUUACAAGAUCGAUGAAGGACAAAGUGACCAAGCCCACUGCCAUGGCUCAGGGCCGUGUGGCCCAUAUGAUUGAGUGGCAGAGCUGGGGCAAACCAUCAGCAGGGCCAGAGGGGGGAGCGGGUCGCUCCAAUCUUAAGCGCGAGAGGGAGAGACGGCUUGAAAGCGAUGCCUAUAGUGACUUGAGUGAUGGGGAAAAAGAGGCACGAAUGGCUGCAGGAAUUAUGCAGCAGCUUGUCAUCUCUGAGGCCGCACUUUUAGGCUGGAACUUUAUGGAUGGAGAGAGCCUCUGUGCUGACUCCAACCAAGGCAGUGUAGCUCACCUCAGUGAGGUCAACCAGGAGAGCAUCACCAGCAGAGACCAGCCACUGCAUCAUUCCUCUGCGGAUGUGUGGCCUCACACCUAUGUCUCCCAAGGCCUUUACUGCCUCUCCUCCUCUGAUGCAUGGGAGCCAGUCAGCAACGAGCCCUCCGGCAUGGCCUCUCCUGCUGCUAGCUCGUAUAUCAUGGCAGGCGGGGCAACGGGAGAGGGUUAUGAUGACUCCACCCACUAUUUGACACAGCAGCCGCUAACGUUGCAGCAGCAGAACCAAUUACAGCAGUUCCAGCAGUAUCAGCAGUACCAGCAGCAACAGCUCUUGCAGUACCAACAGUCUUUGGAACAUCGACUGCACAGCGCCUCCCAUUCCUUACAAGCCACACCCAAUAGCACUAUACAUAGUUUGGGCCCGCCCACUCACCCGAGAUUGGCUGACCUGUGGGCGGCGGCUCAGGUGGAGCCCCAUCAGGUGGAGAUGAUGGGACAAAUGGGCAUCACUAUGGCAGAAAUGGGAAUGGCAGAUGUGUAUGGGGAGGAGUUCGUCCCAGAGAAUGAAUGCAUUCCUGAACAGCAAGAGGAGGAGGAAAUCAAGGAGGAUGAUAUAACAUUAACUCUUGAACCUGAGCCAACAUCCGUAACUCUUGCCCUGACUCCUCCACCUCAGAUAGAAGACUCCACCCCAUCUGGGGGCAUAAGUCCAGCAGAGCCUAUGUCUGAUCAUAUGACCUAUGAGGUCACAUCGCGCAUCGUCAAAUUGCUGGAGAAGGAAGAGGAGGUGGAGGAUGGAGCCAUGGUUGUUGUGGCAACCAACUGACCGUAUAAAUCAAUGGACAAUACGGCAAACAAAACAAAACUGUCUGUGAAAUAAUCAACCAGUUAAGCUAUUGUAAACACCCUUUUACCCCCGCUGUGUACUCCUAUGGACUGUCUCACAUGGCGAAGGCCAUGACAACAGAUUUAUUCUUUAUUAACCAAUAGUGAAGGUGACAGAAUAGACACUCAGAGCGCCAAGGCACACAUAGAGACGAAAUAUGUGUCAAAGCCCGGAUGCAUUAUGUGCUGCUGUGGACGCUAGAGUUUUAUGGCGGAGGAGAGGUGGAGUCCAAGAACACUUGCAAAUGAAUUUGAAGAGUGCAAUACUGAGAAAUCAAUAAAACCAAAAGAAAGUGCAUGCUUUUUUUGAGUAUUUAAGUGACUCUGAACUAACGGUAUACGCAUAGUAAUAAUAUAUAUAUUGAUUUUUGUAAUAAAAUGAAAAGCGAAUGAAACAGUAUGUAUUUGUAUGUAUAUAAUAUGUAUGUACUGUAUGUAUGGUAGUACGAAUGUAUGAAUGUAUGUGUCUUUAAAGGUAUAUUCUGAAAAACUAAUUUGCCGUUUGGCAAAACUGUUGUGUGAAGUGUCCCCUAUGUACUUUACCUCCAACACACACACAAACACACAUACUUACACAUACUGAUGCACACAUAAACACCCUUGAAAACACAUUUUUGCUCUUUAUAUAAUCAAGCACAAUACUGCCUGACUGGAAACAGUGCUGCCCUUUUCAUCAUCCUAACUGUAUUGUUACUAAGACUUAUGCACUACUAUGGACAUAAAUGAAUGUAUUGCCCAUCUUCUUCGGCGACACAAUAGUUCUGUCCUAAAAAGGGAUAGUUCACCCAAAAAUGAAAAUUCUGUCAUCAUUUACUCACUCACAUGCAGUUCCAAACUGUUCAUUGGAACACAAAAGGAGAUGUUAGGCAGAAUUUUAGCUUCAGUCACCUUUCACGUUCAUUGUAUGGAAAAUGGAUGCAUACAAAAUGAAAAUGAAUUGUGUACAAAUUUUAAACUGUGACUAUCUUCACACUGCCUACUUUUUGUGUUCUACAGAAGAAAGAAAAUCAUGCAGGUUUAGAACAACAUGAGGGUGAGAAUUGAGAAGUGUGAACGAUCCCUUAAAAUGUUUUGUUCUAUUUUUUUUUUUUUUUCCAUUAAUGUCUGUGUUUAUCUGUUUGUGUUCUGUCUGGCUGAGCUGCUCAAUGUUGAUUUGCACUGAACAACAUAAAACAACAAAGGCAAACUGAAGAGUCAUCAUCAUUCCAGGAAGUUCCAUCAGUCUUCACAUGCAACAGCAGCAUCAGUGGAGUGAUAUUUUUAAUGUUAUAAGUUUAAUUAGAAAUGUGGAUAUUUUUAAUAUGUUGAGUCUGAAACUAAAAGAAAUUAAAGGGAAAUCAACGACUCAAAUGGAGAGAUAUUGUGGAUAUUAUCCAUUCAUUAUCAAGUACUUUUAUUUCUUCAGUCAAGUGGAAAAUAAGGCUGAUGAACUAAUGAUAAACUAAUCUGUAUGUCGGAGCCAUAUCAAACCGUUUGCUUCAGAAAUACAUUAGAAAUAUAAUUCAUAACAUCCAUAAUCUUAAAGGGACAGUUUAGCCAAAAAAGGACAUUCUUUAAAUAAUAAUCACCCUGAUGUUUUUCCAAUCCCAUUUGACUUCCUCUCUUUCGUUGAAUACAAAAGAUGUUAGGCACUGACAGUCUCAGUCACCAUUCACUUUCAUUGCAGCUGUGUGGUAUAUGUAACCUCACUCCCCUGGCCUCAAGAUGUGCACUAGCGGCUGACGCUAGGGGCUGCUGCCUUUAGCCUCCUUGUUAGUGCACACCUCCCACUUCGGCUAACGCCGAUUCGAAUCCCGCUCGGAGCAAGACCGUUUACACAUACAAUGAAAGUGAAUGGUGACUGAGGAUGUUAUUCUGUCAAACAUAUUUUGUGUUUCUCAUAAGAAGGUAAGUCAUAUGGGUUUGAAACAACAUGAGGAUUACAAUUUUUGGGUGAUCUAUCCCUUCAAACUGGCAUAAAUACAAAGCGAUAAACUCAUGUGGUAAUGGGGUAUACAUGACAUGUACAGCAUUAAGCAUUAGUCACUGUAUGUAUUUGUCAUGACAGACCGUAUGACUGUGGACACAUAGACAGUUAAUGAAUAGAAAAGAAGGUGCUUUUCUGGUUAAUGCUUGCAGGCUUUCCACUAAUUAUGUCACAUUUAAUACGCUGUCAUUUAAAUACCCGCUGCAGAAAGAAGUGCCCUCAACUACUAGCGUGGACAUCUCAAAUCUUUGUUAAUAUACUGUAUGUACGUUCUAAAAAAAAAAAAAAAGCAGCAACAGACUGGACAGUUUUGUUAUAGAUGUGGGAUGUAGACGGCAUUUGGUUUAGCAAAUAAUAUCUUCGUAUUCUUUGAUGAUUUUGAGAGUUUUGCUUUUGGUAAUAAUGCCAUUAUGCAAUGCUGAGGCAACAUUUAUUUUUCUAUACUAACAUGGCCUGUGAGUUGUCAUUCUAUGUGAUAUUUCUAACAUUAUAUGUAUACAGCAGUAUCGUCAGAAGGAGAGAAUCACAGGUCUGUUGGGUUGUAUUUGGGAAUAUUUGGUCAGAAAGGCAAAUUAGCAUCCAUUUUAUAUAAGGAAAAUAUGCUGUUAUCAGUUCUCAGAUUUAAAUGUCUAAAAGUGGAAGAUCUGUCAUGUUUAUCAAACCACAGUCGAGAGGAAAUCAUUUUCAAUCGUUUGAAAAUAUUCUCUCAACAUCUUCAAUUACAGAGCCUUUUUGUAAAUGUCCAAAUGAUGGCAAUGUAAACAGCCGAGAGAAAUGAUUGCAUGGGGCUAUAACUACUCUGUGAAAUAUGAUACAUUAGGAACACACUCAGAAUGGGGAAGUUAUACAUUGAAAUAUGAUAGGAUUCCUGAUCAUGGAAAAAUAAAUAGGUAGGUAGGUAGCAAUUUAGCAUUUUCCUUCAACUUCAUUCAAUGUGUCAUCCUGUAUCAUCAUAUUCAAAUCAUGUGCAUUUUAAUGUGCUGUAAAUAAAAUCCUUAUUGUGAAUGACUCGUUUGUGAAAGGGACACACAACACAUGCUCAUACAUUCACUGGAUAUACACUCACUUAUACAAUGACAAAACAAGCAUGUUCACAAAACAGACAAAAGAAAUGAACAAAUGGCCAAUGACAACAAUUGAAUAAAUGACAAAUUCAAAUUUGUAUUCAAUUAUGGGAGUUAAAAUACCUUAAACCUUUAGAAACUACUUCAGGACUCAUUUUCUACAGUUUCCAUCUAUAUGUCAUCAAACUGAGAGAGAUGAAUGAAUGAAUGAAUUUAAAUAUAAGGGUGACAAAACAAACAUAAAUGGAGGCAAUCAAUGUAUCUGGUCAUGCUUCAAUGAUCAGGCACAAAAUCACAUGAAAUUAACACAAACAUUCAAAAGGCGACAGCUGAUCACAUAACCCCACAUAGAUCAUGUUUAUAAACAACAGAGUCCUUGGUUUAAAGACAGAGAGACCUGAGUGAGACAUUUUAAAGAAAAAGGAGAAAUUAAGAGAGAACAGUGCUCACACCCUGAAUAUUACAAUCACAUGAAAUGAUAACUGAAAAAGGACACAAAGGCGAAACAGCUAAGGGAAUAUGUUCCAGGUGAUAAUGAGGUUAUGCUGAAAUUCUGAAAAUGUCAAGUUCACCAUGUGCCACCUGCUGGCCAAUCAUUUGUUCAACAAUUUUGAGAUUUUGUAUUUUUUUUUUUUUGACAGAGGUUUAGCUGUCUCUAGAAUGACUCUUGGAUGAAAUAGCAAUUUCAGAACAUGGCAUAAUAAAGUAUUUAUGUCAUAUAAAACUAAUGUCCAGUUGUAUGAAUUGGUGAGGUGAGGUGUGGCAUAUUGUGACAGACUACAGCAGGUAAACUUGAUUGAACAUUCUCAGCAAUCUACAUAACACAUUUAUAUGCCAGUUAUAUAGUGUUCU